CCUCCACAUCAAACCAUCUCAAUUCUCUCAUCUUCCAUCAAAAUCAGAGUUUCUCUCCUUCAAAUUUUCCUGUGAAAAUGUCAGGCCGCGGCAAGGGAGGCAAGGGGUUGGGCAAAGGAGGAGCUAAGCGUCACAGGAAGGUUCUCAGGGAUAACAUCCAGGGCAUCACCAAGCCCGCCAUUCGCCGUUUGGCUCGCAGAGGCGGCGUCAAGCGUAUCUCCGGUCUCAUCUACGAAGAGACCCGAGGUGUCCUCAAGAUCUUCCUCGAGAACGUCAUCCGUGACGCCGUCACCUACACCGAGCACGCCCGGAGGAAGACCGUCACCGCCAUGGAUGUCGUCUAUGCUUUGAAGAGGCAAGGAAGGACCCUUUAUGGAUUUGGGGGUUAAAUGGUUGGGUAUUAGUGUAGGGUUGGUUCCAAAAUUGGGAUUUAGAUCUGGGUGUAAUGAAUAUUAAGUUUGCUGUUCAUGUAAUUUGGAUCUAUUUAGAAGUAAUAGAACUUUGAUUUCCCAAUAUGA